GGCCUGGAAAAGAAAUGGAACGAGGAUGAUUGAGCACGGACCAUCCAUUCAGAAAGGGUAUAGCGUGGGGUGUUUCGAACAGGGGCCAUCCAUCCAUCUAUCCAUCCAUCCAUUUCAUCAAUCUCAACCUUGGAUGUUCGCACAAUCAUGGUUCUCUCUCUUCGUCCUGCGUUCUCUCCGCGGUUCUCAUGUAUUGCUACCUUGCUCCCGCUGCAAGGAAGACGCUAUGAUUAUGAUUCUAGAAAGGCGUGUCAGUGAACAGCUCAUCACUUGCUGGCUGGACAGUAUGGCGGCCCGAUCAGCGCCCUGCACGCUCCACCUGUUCUUCAACCGCGACCUCCGUCGUGCUGGCAUCGGGAAUGGGGUGUCGCAGGCAUACGAAAGAAAGUAGUUAAUGAGAGGCGCUGUGCUGUCCAGACUAUAUCAGGAGCCUCUGUGUGACGCCGUGGGGGGCGGGAUUCUGCGCGGCGCGAGGUAGUUGUUG